GGCUGCCAGGCCCCGCCGCCGUUGCUAGGGCGGGGCCUCGCGUUGCUAGGGGGCGUGUCCCCAGGCGCAAAGCCCCGCCCCGGCGCGCGGCUCUCGCGAGAGUUGCCCGCCCGUUGCCUGGAGACCGCGGCGCCGGCGGCCGCAGCCAUGGCGCCCAAAAAGAAAGGCGUCAAGAAAGGGAAGGCGGGCAGAGCUCCGGUGGUGGCGAAUGGCUUGGCCCCCGGGGACAUGAGCAAGGAGCAGCUGGAAGAACAUGUUGUGCGGCUCCGGGAGGAGCUGGACCGGGAACGGCAAGAGCGCAACUAUUUCCAGCUGGAGCGCGACAAGAUUCACACCUUCUGGGAGAUCACCCGCCGGCAGCUGGAGGAGAAGAGAGCAGAACUGCGGAACAAGGACCGGGAGAUGGAGGAGGCAGAGGAGCGACAUCAAGUGGAGAUCAAGGUUUACAAGCAGAAGGUGAAGCACCUGCUGUACGAGCACCAGGAGAACCUCACCGAGCUGAAGGCAGAGGGCACCCUGUCCAUGAAGCGGGCCCAGAAGGAUCACUGGGCUCAGGAGAUGGAGCUGCGUAAAGACGUGCGCUCCCUGAAAGUGGAGCUCAAGGAGCAGGAGCUGGCCAACGAGGUGGUGGUGAAAAACCUGCGCCUGAAACAAGAGGAGGAGAUCACACAGCUGUGCAGCGACUUUGAGAGACAAGUGAAAGAGAUUGAAGCCAAGUACAACAAGAAGAUGCACGUGCUGCGGGACGAGCUCGAUUUGCGCAGGAAGACGGAAAUCCACGAGGUUGAGGAGAGGAAGAACAGCCAGAUCAGCGUGCUGAUGAAGAACCACGAGAAGGCCUUCAGUGACAUCAAGAACUACUACAAUGAUGUCACCCUCAAUAACCUGGCACUCAUCAACACGCUCAAGGAGCAGACGGAGGAGAUGAAGAAGAAAGAGAAUCACUUGGAAAAGGAGAUGGCAGACAUGCUGCUGCAGAACAAGCAACUGACGGAGCGCCUGCAGCGGGCCCAGGAGCAGGUGUCUGAGCUGCAGAAGAAGUUGGCCCACUACGAGAAAGACAAGGAGGCUCUGACGAACACGAAAGCCCACCUGAAAGUCUCCCAGAAGGAACUGAGAGAUCUUCAGUGGGAACAUGAAGUGCUGGAACAGAGGUUCAGUAAGGUGCAGGCAGAGCGAGACGAGCUCUACCAGAAGUUCACCAAAGCCAUUACUGAGGUGCAGCAGAAGACCGGAUUCAAGAACCUGCUCCUGGAGCGCAAGCUGAAAGGGCUCUUCAGCAUCCUGGAGAAGAGGGAGGUGGAGCUCAACGAGGUCCUCGCAGCCUCCAACCUCGACCCGAGCGCCCUCUCCUUGGUCUCACGCAAGCUGGAGGACGUGCUCGAUUCCAAGAACACCACCAUCAAGGACCUGCAGUUCGAGCUGGCGCGAGUCUGCAAGGCGCACAACGACCUGCUGCAGACGUUCACGGCAAAGCUGACGGCCUUUGGCAUCCCUCCGGACAGCCUGGGCUUCAAGCCGCUGGAGCUGCCUGCGCUGGGGCAGACGGUGGGGCAGGGCCCCGCGGGACUCGUGGCUGCGCCCACGUGACGCCCGCGAGCACACGUGUGUGCGUCGUCUCCGGUCAGGCGCCCUGCGAGCGCGGGGGGCCCUGGGCUGCGGGGGCCCGCGGUGCUGGGCAGGCAGCAGGGCUGGGCUCUGCCUGUUCGUGCUCUGCGCCAUUAAACAGCCCCCAGCAAGUCUU